AUGGCUACUGACGUAGAGUAUAUGCAUCCCGAGGAGAUUGCGCAGACGUUGAAGACCUCCCAGCUCGAGCACACUUAUCAACGCUGUUUACGCGAAGCCGAGCGGAUCUACGAAGAGGAACGAGUGCGCGCGCUUCGUGUUCAAUUGAUGCUGCUUGAAGACGAGAACGACGAGUUGCAAGACCAAGUCGAACAAGGUCAUAACGAGACGGAGAAACUUGAAGACAGUAACGACGAAAUGCGCUCUCGGUUAAACGAGGUUGAGGCCGAUCUGCAACGAGUGCAGAACGAGCUCAAAGCGCGCACACGCGACAUCGAACACUACAAAGCCGAGAUUGAAGCACACAACGCUGCGAACUCCGAGGCUACCAAGGUCUUGUCUGAGAAGUUGGCACUUUCCCGCGAGCUGGCCACCCUUAAGCCUGAGUUAGAACACCUCAAGUCAACCACCACAUCCCAGCAGAAUCUCCUUGCGGAGAAGCUUUCACUUCAGCGGGAGCUCAGUUCAGUCCAGGUCGAGCUUGAAAAUGAGAAGCGGACUGUGGCACGGCUCCAGACACAACGAGAGGCCUCUAACCACGACGACUCCGCCCUUCACACUGAGAUUGAUGACUUGAAGAAAGAGCUGGCCAAGGUGCAGAAGGAUCUGCAGAAGGCAGGCCGUGAGAACAUCAAGAAACAAACCGAUUGGGAGUCUCAAAAGGACAGCUUGGAAUCUAAGCUUGACGCUUUCCGCACCAAACUUCGCACGACCAAGGAACAGCUUAAAGAGGCUCUAGAUGAGCUAGAGAAAGCUCAAGCCGCCAAGAUGGCUCAGUCUGCCGAACUGACUAAGGCACGUCUGGCCGGCAAGAUGGCUCCUCCACCUGUUGCUGCCGGGCCCUCUGUCAACCCACGCAAGCGUAACAUCGCUCGCUUCGAUCCCGACAUGACCAUUGGCACACCUGGUCAAGGUGGUCCCGCCUCUAAAAAGCAACGCACCUCUGUCAAUAUCGGCGACAAGUCCACGUUCUCCAUGACACCCUUCCUCAACCGCACGGCAAUGAGUAUUCUUCCGGAAACACCCUCCGAAGAGACAGCCGCUGCAGCAGUCGAGGACAACAAAGACAGCAGCCCUGACGAGGAGAUACGCAAGCACAUUGACUCUAUAAUUGAGGAAGCUGAAGUUGAAGCCGAGCAGAAGAAAGCUGCUAAAGCCGCAAAGGAGGUGGCCAAGCCUGCUCCCAAGAAAGCCGUUUCGGCGGUAGCCAAGGGCAAAGCUGCUGCGCCCAAACCUUCUCAGCCAUUGAAAGAAAGCACGAACUCCAGAGGCAACAAAGCUGUUCAAAAACCCGCUCUCGAGAAGGUCAUUGAGGAAGAGCCAUCGGAAGGGCCCACUAGCGCUGUUACUGUACCGCCCAUGCAAUCCGAGAAGCCAGCUGGUACCAAUCACUCUGACCAAGAGAAUGUCGAUGACGAGCAGCCAGCUAAGAAGAAGCGCGAACCAAAGAAGAGGCCUAACAUCUUUGACGAUGACGACGAGGCACCUACGGAGAAGCCGAAGAAGGUUAAGACCCUCAAGGUGCUCAACAAAGGUGGCGGCGCCGGCAGCCUUGGUGGAUUGGGUAAUGUGAGUCUUCUGGCAGGUGGUCCCUCUCUUAAGAGCAAGAAGACAUUCGCCGAGUUCAGCCCUCUGAAGAAGGAUAGGAAGAUUGCCACAAAGGCUGGCGGGGCAUGA